AUGCCUUCACCCGUUCCUCUGACACGUUUCUUUCCCAGAGAGUUUUCUCCCUCGGUGUACUUGCGGCCCUGCAGCAGCCCCCUGGAGCUUCCGGGGAACGGGGGGAAACUCUUUUUAGAGGGCACUCCUUCCCCAAGGGCUCGGCGACUGCCCCAGAGGCUGGCCUGGUGCUCCAUUGACUGGGAGCAGAUACGUUUUCUGCAGAAGCUAGGGACUGGGGGGUUUGGCUCUGUCUAUAAGGGCACCUACCGAGGGCUUACCGUCGCGAUAAAGCAAGUGAAGAAGUGCAGCAAGAACCGGCUAGCUUCCCGACAGAGCUUCUGGGCCGAGCUCAAUGUCGCCAGACUGUGCCAUAAAAAUGUGGUGCGCGUCCUGGCCGCCAGCACUUGCACUCCUGCGGGUUACAACAGCCUGGGGACCAUCAUUAUGGAGUAUGGUGGCCACACGACCCUGCACGACGUCAUCUAUGGGGCUAGCUCCGCACUCGACGACCAGGAGCACAGAAUCGAGGAGCCCUUGGAUCUGGGAAGAUGCCUCCAGUAUUCCCUCGAUGUGGUCAAUGGCCUUCUUUUCCUCCACUCUCAAGGCGUCGUCCACUUGGAUCUCAAGCCGGCCAACAUCUUGAUCGGGGAGCAAGAGGUCUGCAAAAUUGGGGACUUUGGGUGUUCUCAAAGGAUAGAAGAUCUGCUGAGCUUGAGCGCCCACCAUUGCCACUUGGGCGGUACAUACACACAUCGGGCGCCAGAGAUUCUCAAAGGAGAGACAGUGACUGGCAAAGCAGACAUCUAUUCUUUUGCCAUCACUCUCUGGCAAAUGGUCACAAAGGAAAUGCCUUAUUCUGGUGACCACCAAUACAUACUGUAUGCGGUGGUGGCCUAUAACCUCCGGCCACCACUCACAUUCUCUGUCUUCACUGACUCCAUACCUGGCCGAAGAUUGGAACGUAUUAUCCGAUGCUGCUGGACCGCUGACACAUUGGUCAGACCCAGCUCAGACUUGCUCCUGGGCGAUCUUAAUUCCUUGCACGCUUACUUGGCAGACUUGAAUGCUAGAAGUUAA